GCGGCGGCGGCGGUGGGUGGCAGCGGGCGGCGGCGGCGGGGCCGCGCGCUCCUGGGAUGGAGGUCGGGCCCCGCGAGGAGCGCGCGGAGAGCAGAAAGGAGCAUUGGAAGCUGCUAGGCAACCUGAAGACCACAGUGGAAGGUUUGGUGUCCACCAGCAACCCGAAUGUCUGGUCCAAGUAUGGCGGCUUGGAACGACUCUGCAGAGACAUGCACAGCAUCCUCUACCACGGGCUCAUCCGUGACAAGGUGUGCUGCAGACAGAAGGAUUACUGGCAGUUUGUGAAGGACAUUCGUUGGCUGAGUCCCGGCUCUGCUCAUCACCUGGAGAAGUUCAUCAGCCUGCAGGAGAGCAGCCAGCCUGACCCGCAGGGCCCGGGGGACCAGGCCAUCGCGCAGCUGUGGUUGCAGCACAGCCUGCAGUGCCACUGCCUGUCGGCGCAGCUGAGACCGCUCCUGGGCAACCGGCAGUACAUCAGGAAAUUCUAUGCAGACACUGCCUUCCUGCUCAGUGACGCCCACGUCACGGCCAUGCUGCAGUGCCUGGAGGCUGUUGAGCAGAACAACCCCAGGCUUCUGGCUCAGAUCGAUACCUCCAUGCUGGCCGGCACGUCACUGCCAUCCCUGUGCGCGUCAGGUCCUUCUGCUGGGACAAGAGAGAUGUGUGACCACGAUGCUGAAGGACAGGAGGGCUGUCUGCCUGGGGAGCUGGGCUGCCUGGAUCAUUUCACUGAGAGCCUGCUUACCAGGAAGGGUGACGGUCCACCUCCGGUGACGAAGAGUCAGAGCCUGACUGCCCUCCCUGCAUCCCCGUAUGUUCCCGCUGCAGGCUGCAUGCAGCAGCGCUGCUUUGGGUCCUUCUCUAGCCUGCACCAUCCAGCCUCCUCUGGCCUCUCAGACAGGAGACCAGCGAGCUCCUCCGUCAGCUCCAGCACCAGCCAGCUCCGGGAGCGCUGCCUGUCCACCCGGUCCUCCUCCUUCAGUGAGGGCAGGUCCCCUCUGGAACAGCCUGGCUCUGUCAUCCACUUCCACGUCCCCUCACCCAAAGACCCCUUCUCUCCGGCCAGCGAGAUGAGCUCCAGCACCACCAGCCAGAGCGAGGACACUUGGACAGGGAGUCAGGAUGAUCCACAGAGUGAUGUUAAUGAUGGGCCGGAGUACCUGGCCAUUGGAAACUCGGGGCGCCGGGGCCGGGCAUGCAGCAGCGCCAGCACCAACAGCACCAAGAGCAGUAGCUCCAAACUCUUCUCCUCCAGCAGUUCCCAGAAGCUGGACUCAGUGUCAUCCCUGGGGGAGCAGGGGGCAAGCGGAGGUGGAAGCAGGGGCCUGAGCCUGUUGCGCCGGUCCAGCUUCUCAGAAGGACAGUCAUUAGCUCCGCAGGGCAUCCUCAAGAAGAGCCACGUGCGCUCGCACUCUGACACCAACGUGGCUUCAGGGAAAUUGCACGGAGGCCUCAGGGAUAUCACCAUUAUAAUAGAAGACCCAGUGGCAGAGUCCCACGGCGAUCCAGGUGGAGGGAGAGAGCCAGUCUCUGCUUCCACCCAGAGCAGUGAACUGAGCACACCCAGCUCCCUCUACAUGGAGUACGACUCUGGACAGUACCUGAGCUCGGGGGAAGGGAUGUUCAGAAGACCCUCAGAAGGGCAGUCCCUCAUCAGCUACCUCUCUGAGCAGGACUUUGGCAGCUGUGCCGACCUGGAGAAGGAGAAUGCCCACUUCAGCAUCUCAGAGUCCCUGAUCGCUGCCAUUGAACUGAUGAAAUGCAACAUGAUGAGCCGGCAGCUAGAGGAGGAGGAGGAAGACAGUGACAAGGAGAUCCAGGAGCUUAAACAAAAGAUUCGCAUUCGGCGCCAGCAGAUCCGCACUAGGCAUCUGUUCCCUACCUGCCAGGAGUUGGGCUCAGACAGUCUUGUGGCAACAGACAGUGGGUCCCAGUUCAGCUCCCAUGGCUCCAUGCGGCUCUCUGACUCCGGCUCUGCAGAGGAUGUGGAAGAGUAUGAGAUCCGAGAUGGUAACGAUGGAUCUAACCUGAUUCAAAUGUCCAAGAACGGCCUCUCAGUGUCAAUGGCUUCCUUGUUCUCAGAUGCAGACAUCAAGAGGAACCCAGACUCCAGCAGGAAGUCCUUUCUGUCCUCGGAGUCCAUAUCCCACUCCUUCCUCAAUUCCAACUCAGCAGAGGCCGUGGCCAUGGGCUUGCUGAAACAGUUUGAGGGCAUGCAGCUCCCGGCCGCCUCUGAAUUGGAGUGGCUGGUCCCUGAGCACGACGCCCCACAGAAGCUCCUGCCGAUCCCUGACUCUCUGCCCAUCUCUCCCGACGAUGGAGAACAUGCCGACAUCUACAAGCUGAGGAUUCGGGUGCGCGGAAACCUGGAGUGGGCCCCACCGCGACCACAGAUCAUCUUCAAUGUUCACCCAGCCCCAACGAGGAAGGUGGCCGUGGCCAAGCAGAAUUACCGGUGUGCAGGCUGUGGCAUCCGGACUGAUCCUGAUUACAUCAAGCGGCUGCGGUACUGUGAGUACCUGGGGAAGUAUUUCUGCCAGUGCUGCCACGAGAAUGCCCAGAUGGUCAUCCCCAGCCGCAUCCUGCGCAAGUGGGACUUCAGCAAGUACUAUGUGAGCAACUUCUCCAAAGACCUGCUGAGCAAGAUCUGGAGUGACCCGCUCUUCAAUGUGCAGGAUAUCAAUCCUGCCCUGUACCGGAAAGUGAAGUCUCUCAACCAAGUGUGGCUGCUGCGAAUCCAGCUUUUCCACAUGAAGAACAUGUUUAAGACGUGCAGGCUAGCUAAAGACCUCCUGGACUCCUUUGAUGCGGUGCCUGGGCACUUAACGGAGGAUUUGCACCUCUACUCGCUGAGCGACCUCAGUGCCACAAAGAAAGGGGACCUGGUGCCUCGCCUGAUGGAGCUCCUGAAGGCAGGCAGCCUGCAUGUUGAGAAGUGCAUGCUGUGCCAAGCCAAAGGCUUCAUCUGUGAGUUCUGCCAGAAUGAGGGUGACAUCAUCUUCCCCUUUGAGCUCAACAAGUGCAGGAUAUGUGAAGAGUGCAAAGCCUGCUACCACAAAUCCUGCUUCAAGUCCACCCGCUGUCCCCGCUGUGAGCGGCUUCAAGCCCGGAGAGAGCUGCUGGCCAAGCAGAGCAUGGAGUCCUAUGUCUCAGACUAUGAAGACGAGCUGGAGCAGCCGGAGGCGGUGGCAGCCACAUGAGCAUGUUGCAGCGGAGGAGCAGAUCAUGGGUUUAUUUAUGUGCGUGGCCUUCGUCACCAGAGACUGAGCCACGUGGACUGGAGAUGAGGAGGACUGUCAGGAGGCUUGGAGCGCUGUCUUGAAGGGAUCUGUUUUCCCCUGUGCAGUAGUGCUGGGCUGGGGAAGGGGUAUCUUCCAUCGUCCAGGUCUGCUCCAGGUACUGCUCACACUCCCCGAUGCCUUUGCUUGGGGAAAGGUGGCUGCUCCUGCUUGUCCUGCAGGCAGAACAGGGGCCUUUUCUGAGCAGUUGUUCAUGCUGGACCAGGCAGGGCUCUGCUGCCAGUCCCUGUGCCCUGUUCCCUGGCAGGGUCCCCCGGGAGGUCAGCAUUUUCUGCUCAUCAGCUGUAUACUAGGAAGCUCUGGCCAUGUCUACUCCUUGGAGGGGGGAAUCGGCUCUCUGAGUCCUCCAGUCCCCUGUCCUGCUGCUGUGGGUUGUGUGCAUGGAGGGAGGGUAGGGGUUUGGGGUUGGUUGUAUAUUUAACAGCUCCCUUUCUCAAAUCUGGCUUGGGACACUGCCAGAGAGCGGUUGCUCUCGCUCCAGAAUCAGAGCAGAGGAGGUGGCAAUGGUGAAAAUGCCAGAUUUCUGCCUCACCUCUCCGUGCCAUCUGUGCUGAGUUGCUUUCCCUGCCUUCUGCCCGCAGCCUGUGCUGCAGAGGGGCAUUGCCCCCGGAGCAGCCGCACAAGGGGACCAGUGCUGCUGGGCUUUCAGCGGAGGCAGAUCCCUAUGGCCGGGGGGUGCGGUAAGUGAAGCUUCCCACCCUGCUUCCUCCUCUUGCUGCCAGUCUGUCCUCCUGGGGGGACAUGUCGUCCUCUAAGGGCGACAUGGGACAUCACUGGUGGCACCAGGACUUGCCUUGCAUGCAGCUGCCUCCUGCCCGAGACCCGUCAGGAUGUGGGUGAAGGCUCAGCCCUCCGACUGCACCCCCCGAGCCUCUGUCUCGGUUUGUUCUUUUAGGUUGGGUUUUUGUUUUUUAAUCUGCUGGAUUUGGUUUUAUUUUUUUAAUGCAGUUGUUUGUAUUUUUAACUGUGUGUUCCCCCGAAAGGAGGUGCUGCUUGAAAUGCCUCUUUAGGGGAUGUGUGAUCUGUUUAGGACUCACUGGUAUAAAACCUCCAGGGCUGUCCUGCUCCUGGUUGCUCACCCCUGGAUGGGGCUGGCGUUUGCCAGGUGUCCCCUCUCCCAGCAGAUCUCCUGGUCCACUUGGGAGAGGGGUCCCUGAGCCAGGCAAAGCCUCGAGGCUUCCCGUCUGCAGUGCAGCGGGGUGGCCAGGCAACCUGCACGCAAUGGGGGGUGCACGGGGGAGAGGGGUUUGGCACUAGGGUGCUGCAAAGGGUUGGUCCCUCACCGAUGCAGAGCUGCCUGCCACGACCGAUGGCUCCACAGGGUUGCACCCGGUGGUACAAGGUGAGCUCUGCGCUCUAGGGCUAGCGGUCGGUGGAGGAGGUGCCUCUGCAUCGCAGGAGGAUGCUUUAGCCCAUGGCACGGGUGAGUGUCCAGCACCACCUUAGCAUGGGUGGGAUGUGGGGUGGCAGUGGGGUGUUUGGAAGGACAGUGUGGCCUGUGUACGUGUGAGAAGGGUGUUGAGGGACUGGGGAGCAAUACACUGGCAGAAGGCAUCUAGGGGCAAUGGCUUCUGCAGGGCGUGCCCUGGCUUGAGGCUGGGACGUGACCGUUGUGGGCUGUCGCUGCAGGGCUGGCAGGGUUGGGGGGGGUUGAGAGAGGCUGGGACCAGGAGAGGUGGCCACAGGGCUUGGUCAGGGAAGGUGGCUGCAAGCCUCACUGCUGGGGGUCUGGCUGCUGCAUGGCAGUAUCCCUCCCCUGCUCUGCAGCAUCCUGACAAAGCCAGGUCUAGCCUGGGAAGGGGAGUUCAGCUUCCCACUCACUCCCCUGGGGUUUUGCCUCCUCCUGUCUUGCUUCUGCUUGUUUUCCAUAGGGGAGCAGCUUCUCUCCCACUUGCUCUCUGUCUCUGCAAGCCCUGGGGCUGCCAGACACUGGUCCGCCUUGGUCUUGCCUGUCCCCAGCCCCAAGCUGAGCCCUCCUGCUGCUGCCCAGAGCUGGCACCCCCUUCCCUGGAGCUGCCUCAGCAGCACACCUCCAUCCACCCUGUUUUGUUUGAAGCACUUUAAUGUCAUGGGACAGCAGCUGAGAGGCUGCCUGUGUCCCUUUCUAGAAGCACUGAGUACAUUUAGAGAGGAGGGAAGGGAUUUUGGCUUAUUUGUGGUUUCCACCCUCUGCCAUGGACUUUCUCUGGAAGCAGCGAGACUUGCAAACCCGGCAGAGGUCUCCAGGGCAGGGUUGUGCCCAGCACUGACACUGCUGCCCAGCACUGACCGCUAAGAGUAACACUGGAACUGGGCAAGGCAGUGGGCUCUUUGUAAGGGAGAGCAAGGGGCUGCCCCGGCCACCAACUGGAGCCCUCCCCAUGGGACUAUUGCACAGCAAUGAAAAUGCCGUCCCUAAUAAACUAAGUUAAUAAGGGG